UCCCUAUCUCGAAUAAGUAUCGAUUAGAAAGGAUAUGACGCGUUAUAAUGACGUGUAUUUCAUGAGUCAUCUUACCGCAAUGAUGUUAGUAUACGUAUGUGCAUUCCGUAUCACAAGUUGCAAACGUAUAGCUAAGGCGUAAUCUACGUGUGCAUGUAAAUAUUGCCAUUUUGCAACAUACCGAGCUUCACUUGGUUCUGUCAAGGUGAUCUGACUGGUGAUCUGACAAAAGCACAUCUCUCUUCUACAGUCUUACGUAUUUAUAUUUUGAACAUUUUAUACACAAAACAAUUAUGGCUACCGCACUAAAUCAUAAAGUUUCCAAACUUUUAUCUACAAAUUUCGAAAAUAAAAUUACCCGGGAAGAGUUAAAUCUCGAUGUUGGAUUUGGAGGCAAAAAAAUUGCAUACGUUUUGCACAAUGUUUUGACCAAGGAAGAGUGCGAGGCUCUCAUCAGCGAAACCGAAAAUAUUGGCUACUCUCCUGCUCUAGUUCAUCACGGUCCUAACAUCGCCGUCCUCGCGAAAGGUUAUCGCGACUCGCAACGUAUCAUGAUUGAUGACAAGACAUUCGCCUCUAUACUAUUUGAACGAAUUGGGCACCUCCUCCCACAAAGUUUCAAGACAAGAACCACAUCAGACGAACACAAGCUGAAGGAAAUUAACGAACGCCUCAGAUUCCUCAGGUAUGACCCUGGAGACAAAUUCAAGCCCCAUUGUGACGGAUGCUACGAACGUCCCGACGGAUCUGCGAGGACUCGCGUGACACUCCAGCUUUACUUAAACGAAGGGAUGGACGGAGGUGAGACCACGUUUCUAAAAAUGACCACUGCCAAGGAAGAAGACGCGAUGCUCCCAGAAAAUAGAGUUAGCGUGAUUCCCAAAACUGGGUCUAUACUGGUAUUUGAACACAAUAUAUUGCACGAAGGGAGCAUUGUCCGUGCCGGAAGAAAAUAUACUGUUCGAAUGGAUGUGCUGUACGCAAACUCGAAUUUUGAAAUAAACGAGACGAGAAAAUGUGUUAUUGCUUAAAAACAGAA